AUUUUGCCCACAUCUGCUAAUCCCCGUUCUUCUCACCUACAAUUCAGAAGUCACAUGUAUAUAUAAAGAAGCAAAACAGAGAGAUAAAUGCAGGAGACACCACUCCCCAUCUCUGUCUGUGCGUAACACCCAGAUAAGGUUUUUUUUUUUAAAAGCUUGGAUAUUUCCUUUCCUUAAAGGCACCCAUUAAGUUUCUUCAGUCCAAUGCCUGGAUUAGCUAUGGAUGCAAUAAAUGAGGAAAAUGGGGUUGAAGAAGGGAAUGGAAACUGCUUGCCUUAUAAGGGCAGCUUCAGCUUUGUCCAAGAAAGGUCUCCGAGGAGUCCAUUGAGUCCACAGAGUCUGAAGAGCGACUCCAUUGAUUUAGCCAUUGAUGAAGGUGUAGAAACCUCCAUUGAGCAGCUUUAUAACAAUGUCUAUGAGAUGCAGAGCUCUGACCAUUCACCCUCCGCUAGCUACAUCUCGUACGGGGAGGAAUCAAGGAUUGAUUCAGAAUUGCGCCAUCUUGUUGGAGAUUAUGGAGAGUUGGAGAUGAGCAAGGAGGUGGCGGUGGAGAAUAAAGAACAGGGUGGUGGUGUUUCUGCUGGUGACUUGACUCCUAAGAAAGAAGAUGUGCCUGGAAAUAACAAGUCUUUGAAGAAGAAUAAGAGUCAGUUAUCUGCUAAGAAUCGUUCUCCAUCACAGAUGGAAUCAAGUCCACAGAGCAAAUCUUCCCUUGGAAAAACUCCAACUGCAAGAAAACCAAAUGCAGCUGUUCGUAUGAAGAAGCAGAGGAGCAAUGGCGUUCUUGGUGCUAGGCUUCAGAGUGGAACUCCGAAUAAUCUUGAGACAGAAUUGGAUAAUUCUGACCUGGGUCCAAUUCUGCUCAAACAGGCCAGGGAUAUGAUUUCUUCAGGACAAAAUCCCCAGAAAACUCUCAAAUUAGUUCUUAGAGCAAUGAAAUCAUUCGAGAAAUCUGCUAAUGAGAAACCCAGUUUAGAGCUGGUGAUGUGCAUGCAUGUCUUGGCAGCAUUGUAUUGUAACAUGGGGCAAUACAAUGAGGCAAUUACUGUUCUUGAGCGCUCAAUUGAAAUUCCAGUCAUUGAAGAUGGCCACACUCAUGCACUUGCUAAAUUUGCAGGGUGCAUGCAGUUGGGUGACACUUAUGCAAUGCUGGGACAGAUUGAGAACUCUAUUUUAUGUUACACAGCAGGUCUGGAGAUCCAGAGGCAGGUUCUGGGAGAAACAGAUCCUCGAGUAGGUGAGACGUGUAGGUAUGUAGCCGAGGCACAUGUUCAGGCAUUGCAGUUUGAUGAGGCAGAGAAGCUCUGUCAGAUGGCUCUUGACAUCCACAGAGAUAAUGGCUCCCCUGCUUCUGUUGAAGAAGCGGCAGACAGGAGACUCAUGGGACUCAUCUGCGACUCAAAGGGUGAUUAUGAAGCUGCACUCGAGCAUUAUGUUCUAGCUAGCAUGGCCAUGGCAGCCUUUGGCCAUCAAGUAGAUGUUGCUUCAAUUGAUUGCAGCAUUGGAGAUGCAUACCUGGCAUUGGCAAGGUUUGAUGAGGCAGUUUUUGCUUAUCAGAAAGCACUCACAGUCUUCAAAUCGGCAAAAGGAGAGAAUCAUCCAGCAGUUGCCUCAGUUUUUGUUCGUUUGGCUGAUUUAGACAACAAGAUAGGAAAAUUAAGGGAUUCUAGAUCCUACUGUGAAAAUGCACUCCGGAUUUACGGCAAGCCUAAACUCGGAAUCCCUGCAGAAGAGAUUGCUGCUGGUCUUAUUGACAUUGCUGCCAUCUAUCAAUCUAUGAAUGAACUAGAUCAGGCACUCAAACUGCUCAAGAAGGCUUUAAGCAUAUACAAUGAUGUGCCAGGUCAACAGAGCACCAUUGCAGGCAUUGAGGCACAGAUAGGGGUCAUGUAUUACAUGAUGGGGAAUUAUUCUGAAUCCUAUAACGCCUUCAAGAUGGCUGUUUCAAAGUUCAGAGCCAGUGGGGAGAAGAAGUCCGCCUUGUUUGGGAUCACACUGAACCAGAUGGGUCUUGCCUGUGUACAGAGGUAUGCUAUAAAUGAAGCAGUUGAUUUGUUUGAGGAAGCAAGAAGCAUUCUGGAGAAGGAAUAUGGUCCAUAUCACGCUGAAACCUUGGGAGUCUAUAGCAAUCUAGCUGGAACUUAUGAUGCAAUGGGGAGGUUGAAUGAUGCCAUUGAAAUUUUGGAGUUUGUUGUUGAGAUGAGAGAAGAAAAACUUGGAACAGCAAAUCCUGAUGUUUUUGAUGAAAAACAGAGGUUGGCUGAGUUGUUGAAGGAAGCAGGCAGGGAGAGGAGCAGGAAAUCCAGAUCACUGGUGACCCUACUUGACAGCAACACACAGAUUAUAAAAGAUGAAGGUAUUACGGUAUUAUAAUAAUGUGAAUAUGUUAUAGAAGAGGGAUCGGCUGUUUGGAUUUCGGAUUCAUGUUUGGUGAAUUUGAGGUGAAAUGAAAACUACACUUCUACUUCAUUGUCUAUGGAACUUUGUAUGUCUAAAAUUUUAAUAAAGAAUUGGUGGGGUU